AUGUGCCACACCAGCUGCUCCGCGGGCUGCCAGGCUUCCUGCGGCUCCUCCGGCCCCGGCCAGGCGUCCUGCUGUGUGCCCGUGAGCUGCAAGCCCGUGUGCGUGCCCGUGAGCUGCAGACUCGCCGUGUGCGUGCCCGUGAGCUGCAGACCCGCCGUGUGCGUGCCCGUGAGCUGCAAGCCUGAGUGUGUGCCCUCCUGCCAGUCCUCCACGUGCGUGCCCGUGAGCUGCAGGCCCACGUGUGUGCCCUCCUGCCAGUCCUCCGUGUGCGUGCCCGUGAGCUGCAGGCCCGCGUGUGUGCCCUCCUGCCAGUCCUCCGUGUGCGUGCCCGUGAGCUGCAGACCCGCCGUGUGCGUGCCCGUGAGCUGCAAGCCCGAGUGUGUGCCCUCCUGCCGGCCCUCCUGCCCCGCCCUGGUCUGCAGACCCGUGUGCUGUAGCUCCCCGUGCCGCUCCUGA